GCGCAGUCGAGCAGUCAUCAAUUUUUCUUCAGGCAGUCAGGCCGUUGCAGUCGCAGAUUUUGAGCUCUGACUUGGCUUGACUUCGCUUUUCCUAGCUCCAAUAUUUUUAUGCUGCCGAUUUUCUGCUCGUUUUUCCAAUUCGCUUUUUUUUUUUUUUUGCUUGUGUGUGUGUGUGUUUGAUUUUUCUGUCGCUAAACUGGUGCGUGGCUGCUGCGCAUGCGUGUGAGCCAAAACUGACCGAACGUAUAUAAGCGAUUAUAGGGCCGGGCUGGCCAACAGUCAGCCGCGUUGCUCUACAUCGAGCGAGCGUUGCGUGUGCCGUGUGCCGAAAGUUCGAAUACGUUAAGAAACGAUAUUAAGUAUACGCACAUAUAACUCAAAGGACAUUCAUCGUGAUACGUUGGAUUAUAACAAGGAUUACAAACGUGUGCAUUCUUUUUCAAUCAAUUAUAAUUCAUAAUAAAAUAAAGUUUAUAUAGUGCGCCCAACUAUAUCAGAACGUUUAUUAUAACCCCAACUAAUUGUGCAACAUAAGUGAAAUUAUGAAGCUCCGACUUAUUGCGCUGCUGAGCCUACUGCUCAGCUCGGCACUGGCUGAGCCCUCACCGACCGUAGCACCAGCGAUUGUGCCGUGCGUGCAUGCAAACGGCGCCGCUGGCUAUUCGUAUGCGCCACCGGCCGAAGUCAAGUUCUCCAUAACGCCUGGCGUAACAAAGUAUAGCCAGUCGCCGGCCAUUUCCAGCUACUCGGAGAAUGGCAAACUGCUGCAUUCAUCCGUUGGCAGCGCGGCUGCUUCGUACGAAUCCACCGCGGGGCUUUCGGGUUAUUCGCACGGUGGUGUAACCCAGAUAGACAAAUACGUGGCGCCCAUACAGAAGUCGCUAUUUACACCCUCGGCGUCAUAUGGUGGAGCUGGUAUCACCUAUGCCGAUAAGUCACCAGCUGCUAAAUAUGCAACUGUGGUGCCAUCGGGCAUUGAGCUUAAGAAUUUGGUUUCGCCGGCCUUAACCAAGACAUUGCUGACUGCUCCCAAGCUGGACAGUGGCUAUUUACCGCCGUCGCCGGCCUUGACCAAGGUGUCUACAUAUUCGUCGCCCGGCUACACCUACAGUCAUUCAACUCCAGGCAUUUCCAAGUUGGCCACUUAUACGGCGCCCUCCGCUUCCAGCUCAGGCUACUACGCGCCACAAGUGACCACCAAAGUGGAGACCUACACCUCACCGGGCUAUACGUACUCGAAGGCCACGCCAGGCUUCUCCAAAGUGGAAACCUACAGCUCACCGGGUUACAGCUACGCACAGGCGGGACCAGGUCUAGCUAAGAUAGCCACCUAUUCGCCCUCAGUAUCCUAUAGCGCGCCUUCUAUUGCCAAGGUGGCCAGCUAUGCAGCGCCUGCUCCUGCGCUAAAGCUGGCUACUACAUCAUCGCUGCUGUCCUCACACGGCACGGGCUACGCAGCCAGUUAUGCACCAGCGCUUUCCAAGACUUAUUUGCCGGCAGCGCCCGCUAUUGCAACUCAAUAUAUUUCCUCACCUGCCAAGGUGGCCACCUAUAGUGCUCCCGCAAUAUCCAGCUAUUCAGCUGCUCCUGCCAUCACCAAGUUAAGCUCCAGCUAUGGCGCUAGUGGCUCAGGCGCUAUAUCCCAUCAAUAUGUUUCCAAACCAGCCGUGGCUUCCUAUGCAGCUGCUCCAGCUGUAACCAAGAUUUCCAGCUAUGCUGCUCCUGCUAUUAGCACUUAUUCCUCGGCUCCUGCUCUCACUAAGAUAGCCAGCUAUGCGGCGCCGUCAAUCUCUACGUAUUCCUCAGCCCCUUCACUUGCCAAGGUUGCAACUUACAGCCAGGCUGCAGACGUUUCACAUCAAUAUAUUUCCAAGCCCAUUGUGGCUGCUUAUCCCGCAGCAGCUCCAGCAAUUGCUAAGGUGGCCACCUAUGCAGCACCAGCUGUGGCCACUUAUUCCGCUGCGCCCGCCACAAGCUAUUCCAGCUCUGGACAUGGCGCCAUUUCUCAUCAGUACGUCUCCAAGCCGGCUGUAAGUACAAUCUCCGCUGCUCCAGCGAUUGCCAAGGUGGCCAGCUAUGCAGCACCCGCCAUAUCCUCCUACUCUGCUGCUCCAGCUAUCACUCAAGUUUCCUCAAGCUACGGCAGCUCUGGACAUGGCGCUGUUUCCCAUCAGUAUGUUUCCAAGCCCGCUGUGGCUACAAUUGGCAAAGUGGCCAGCUAUGCAGCACCCGCCAUUUCCUCCUACGCUGCUGCUCCAGCCGUCACUCAAGUUUCCUCAAGCUAUGGCAGUUCCGGACAUGGCGCUGUUUCCCAUCAGUAUGUCUCCAAGCCCGCUGUGGCCACAAUUUCUGCUGCUCCAGCGAUUGCCAAGGUGGCCAGUUAUGCGGCACCAGCAGUGGCCACGUAUUCCACAGGCCCAGCACUCUCAAAGAUUGCCAGCUAUGCAGCACCGACCAUAUCUACCUACUCAGCUGCUCCGACUAUCACCAAAGUAGCUACCAGUUAUGGCAGCUCAGGUCAUGGCGCAGUCUCCCAUAAGUAUGUGUCCAAGCCCGCUGUGGCUACGUAUGCAGCAGCUCCUGCUGUUACCAAGAUUGCAAGCUAUGCUACUCCCGCUGUAGCUAGUUACUCCACCGGGCCAGCCCUCACGAAGAUAGCCAGCUAUAGUGCCCCUGCCAUCGGUUCCGUGCACUCCAGUGGCGCCGUCUCGCAUCAGUACGUUUCCAAGCCAGCAACAGUGUAUGGCUCUGCAUCUGCUAUUGGCAAGGUUGCAAGCUAUGCUGCACCUGCGUACUCGACGGGCCCAGGUAUUGCCAAGGUCGCUACCUAUGCCGCUCCAGCCAUAUCCACAUACUCCGCUACACCGACCAUCACCAAAUUGGCCACAAAUUAUGGUAGUUCCGGACAUGGUGCCGUCUCGCACCAAUAUGUCUCCAAGCCCGCAGUGGCUACCUAUGCAGCUGCUCCGGCUGUUGCCAAGAUUGCCAGCUAUGCUGCUCCUGCCAUCAGCACAUAUUCCACAUCUCCGGCAGUUGCUAAGGUGGCGACCUAUAGCCAAGCUGCUGACGUCUCUCAUCAAUACAUAUCCAAGCCCAUCGUUGCCGCAUAUCCUGCUCCAGCUCCAGCGAUUGCCAAAGUGGCCACAUAUGCAUCCCCAACUGUGGCCACCUAUUCCGCUGCGCCCGCCACAAGCUAUGGCAGCUCUGGACAUGGCGCUGUUUCCCAUCAGUAUGUCUCCAAGCCCGCUGUGGCCACAAUUUCUGCAGCUCCUGCCAUUGCCAAGGUGGCCAGUUAUGCGGCACCAGCCUUGGCCACGUAUUCCACGGGCCCAGCACUCUCAAAAAUUGCUGGCUAUGCAGCACCCGCCAUAUCCUCAUACUCAGCUGCUCCUACCAUCACCAAAGUAGCUUCAAGUUAUGGCGGCUCUGGACAUGGCGCAGUCUCCCACCAGUAUGUCUCCAAACCCGCUGUGGCUACAUAUGGAGCAGCUCCUGCUGUUACCAAGAUUGCAAGCUAUGGUUCUCCUGCUUUAGCCAGCUAUGGAGCCACGCUCUCCAAGACCUAUUUGCCAGCUACGCCUGCUGUUGUCGCUUCUCCGGCCAUUGCCAGCUAUGCAGCCCAACCUGUCGUAACAAAAGUGGCCGCUAGCUAUGGUGGAACAGGUCAUGGUGCUGUGUCCCAUCAAUAUGUGUCUAAGCCAGCAAUUGGCAGCAUCGCAUCUGGUCCAGCUAUUGCCAAGGUGGCCACUUACUCGGCUCCGUCCCUGAGCCACAUUGCCGCAGCGCCAGCAAUCGGCUUGGGAUAUGCAGGAACUGGACACGGCAUCACCAAAGUGGCCACCAGUUAUGGCUCCUCAAGUCAUGGCGCUGUCUCCCAUCAAUACGUGUCCAAGCCAGCGAUAGCCGCUGUUGCCGCCGCUCCAGCAAUCGGUAGCUAUAGUCACGGUUAUUCCGCAUCCAAGUUGGGAUUGGGCCUGGGCCUGGGCUAUGGCUCCACUGGACACGGCACUCUCUCGACUCAAUACUUGUCUAAGCCUGCAGGUGGUGCAUUGCUGACCAAGUUGACGACGGCACCAGCAACUGGUCACGGCUAUGCCAGCAGUACGGCCUAUGGAAUUAAUGCGGGUAAAUUAGCCUUGGGUUCGGCUGGCGCGCAUGACGCCUCAUAUUAUGGCGCCAUUUCACUUGGCCAUGGCGCUGUCUCACCCGCACUUACCUAUCACGGGGCUUUAGCCCAUGCCACUGGUGGUUUGGCACAUCUGGGGGCUCCACUCGCUGACUACAGCCAUGGUCCUGGCAUUGGUCCCUUUGGAGCUGGCUUCAAUCGUUAUGCGCCCAGCGUUUCAGCUCUGAGCGCUCAUGCUCCGUUAUCGCCCGCUGCCUAUUUAAAAUCCGCACCUGUGGCACAGCAUGCGCUGCUAAAGGUUUUGCCAGAGAAGCAUCUCGAGCAUUUUGAUGCGCAUCCGCGUUACGCUUUUGAAUAUGCGGUAAAUGAUCCUCAUACGGGCGAUAAUAAGCAUCAGCGCGAGGAACGCGACGGCGAUGUGGUCAAGGGCGAGUACUCAUUGGUUGAGCCCGAUGGCAAUGUGCGCACCGUCAAAUACUAUGCCGAUUGGGAGACGGGUUUCCAUGCCGAGGUCAUCAACAGUCGCGACCAGGGUAAAAUUGUGGCCAAGCGUCAGACAGCAGCCAAGUCGUGAGCGACCCUAACGGAUCUGUGACUUGUUUUGUUUGCCAGCAACUGUAAAUAGCCUACGAUUCAAUUUUCUUCUCAUUAAACAUUAAACGUAUUUAUGUAAAUCCCACAACAACAACAACAACAGCAACGACAAGCAACAAGAGAGCCGCCAUCUUGCACCAGCACGUACCCGUUAUCGUUACUCAUUAUAUCUAUCUCUUUUUUGCUCAUGUGAUAAGCGUUUCCAAUUGGACUGCUUGAACUGCUCUCUUUCUCAUUAAACUGCGCGUUUCCACAGAUGUGUAUAUACAUACUUAUGUCUAUACGUGUAUAUAUUGUGUAAAUUGUAAAUUGUUAAUUGAAUAAACGACAUUUAAGAACGCUACAGUCGAGAGCGCUCGACAUUGA